AUGGUCCGCAACCUCGUCGUCAUCGGGGGUACAUCCCACCCGCAGUUGACUCAGACAAUUUGCAGCGUGCUUGGAGUCCCUCCAGCAGAGGUUCUGUUGUCCAAGUUCGCUGUUGGUGAGACUCGAGUCGAGGUCCAGGAGUCGGUCCGUGGAAAGGAUGUUUAUAUCAUCCAAUCUGGAGGAGGCAAGGUCAACGACCACCUCCUCGAGCUUCUCAUCACCAUCUCUGCGUGCAAGACCGCCUCGGCCCGACGAGUGACUGCGGUCCUCCCGCUCUUCCCUUACUCUCGGCAAAGCGAUAUCCCUUAUAACAAAGCUGGCGCCCCUCUUGUCAAGUCAUCCGUCCCCGCCCGCCCCAACAAUGGUUACACUUUUGAGAGCACCCCGCCCACCCCCAGCCCUGGGAAACCCGAAGGACUGGGCAUUACAAACGGCAUGGACAACCUUCAGAAGAGCCUUGCCAAAGCUCAGAUUGACGAUGUGAGCAAUGGCAGCCCCGUAAAACGACGUCCUGGAAACGGGCUCCCGCGAAGCGACACCACCGAUUCCCUCAAGUCGGCAGCCACCAGUGCCGCCGACGACUCCGCGAGCAAUAUUUCGGCCUCCUCGAAAAUCAAUUCUUUCCAGCCGCGGCCGGGAUACAAGCAGUGGGUUGCACAGGCAGGGACCCUGGUCGCCGACCUGCUCACCUGCGCCGGCGCCGAUCACAUCAUCACCAUGGACCUGCAUGACCCGCAGUACCAGGGGUACUUUGAUAUCCCUGUUGACAACCUCUACGGCCGGCCUCUUCUGAAGAGCUACAUCCAGCGCAACAUCCCGAGCCACAGGGAGGCUGUCAUUGUCAGCCCUGACGCGGGUGGCGCUAAGCGUGCGACGGCCAUUGCAGACUCGAUGGGCAUGGAGUUUGCACUGAUCCAUAAGGAGCGACGCCCCACAAAAAUCACAGACCGCCAAAAUGCCACCAUGAUGUUGGUCGGCGAUGUCCGCGAUCGGAUAGCAAUUCUGAUCGAUGACUUGGCCGACACCUCAAAUACCAUCACUCGAGCCGCCAAGCUCUUGAAAAAGGAAGGUGCUUCCCAGGUCUACGCCUUGGUCACGCAUGGUAUCCUGAGCGGCGACGCCAUCGAGCGCAUCAACGCUAGCUCCCUGGACAAGGUGGUCGUGACCAACAGCGUGGACCAGGUCGACCACUUGCGACGCUGCCCGAAGCUGGAGGUCCUGGAAGUUGGUCAUGUUUUCGCCGAGGCAAUCCGCCGGGUUCACCACGGAGAGAGUAUCAGCGUGCUAUUCCAGUACGACUGA